AAGUGGGAAAUAAAACAGAAAUGAUGAAACAAGUAAAACACCAUGACAUGUCUUUCUCUUUGGCACAGAACUAGGACCCACCCUCCUUCCUUCCUUUGUCCCAACCCCCAUCUCCUUUUCAUAUAUUGAUUUAAUUCAUCACGUAACGAGAAACUAUAGAAACUAGAAAGCCCUUCUCAUCUCAUCAACCUUCAUCACCACCACCAUAAUAUCUUUCCAUAAUAUCUAUCUUUACACUACUCUUCUCAUCACCAAUUUGCAUACUCACAAAUAACAUUCACCACCAAAGUCAUGGAUUUGAGAUAUGAAUACCAAGAAGGAUAUUGGAAGAACUCAAGGGGAAUGCGACUCUUCACAUGCAAGUGGUUGCCUAUUUCUUCUUCUCCCAAGGCUCUUGUUUUCCUAUGCCAUGGAUAUGGAAUGGAAUGCAGUGGAUUCAUGAAAGAAAUUGGAGAAAAGCUAGCGUCUGCAGGAUACGCUGUGUUCGGAAUGGACUACGAGGGACAUGGACACUCUGCUGGUGUUCGUUGUUACAUAACCAAAUUUGACAACGUUGUUAACGACUGUUCCAACUUUUACAAGUCAAUUUGCGAACUCCAAGAAUACAGGGGAAAGGCCAAAUUCUUAUAUGGAGAAUCAAUGGGGGGAGCUGUGGCCGUAUUAUUGCAUAAAAAAGACCCUUCAUUUUGGGAUGGUGCUGUUUUCGUGGCACCAAUGUGUAAGAUAUCAGAGAAGGUGAAGCCACAUCGUGUUGCUGUUAGCAUGUUGUCGGGAUUGGAACAUAUUUUUCCCAAGUGGAAAAUAGUUCCGACAAAGGAUGUCAUCGAUUCAGCCUUCAAAGAUCACACCAAACGGGAAAUGAUAAGGAAAAACAAGUUGAUAUAUCAGGACAAGCCAAGGUUAAAAACAGCAUUGGAACUGCUGAGAACUAGUUUGAGUGUUGAAACCAACUUACACCAGGUGACGUUGCCUUUCUUAGUGUUACAUGGAGAGGAAGAUAAAGUGACAGACCCGGAAGUAAGCAAGGCAUUAUAUGAGAGAGCUAGUAGUGUAGACAAGACCAUAAAAUUGUACCCUGGAAUGUGGCAUGGCUUAACAGCUGGGGAGCCUGAUGAAAAUAUCGAACUUGUUUUCGGAGACAUUAUAAGUUGGCUGGAUAAGCGAGCUAUUGGCAAGGAACGUAUUGAGUCAUUUCUACCAAUUCCAACUUACAAGAAAAUUAAUCUUGACGAGUUUCAAGGAGGCCGCGCUCGCGCGUCACUUUAGAAUUAUAAACCAAACCGGUUGUGUUCAGAACUAUGGUAUGUUACAUAUUCGAAGUUGUGCCAUACCCUGACCAACUUCAUUAUUCCUCUCGGUACAUAACAUAGUUGGUUUCAAAUUGUUUCAAAAACUAAAGCAAAGUUUUUAAGGCUUCAAAAUCAAAUGUUUCACUAAACUUACUUGGA